CCCUGUGAGGCCUCCCAGUGUGGUCUGAGGAUGACCGAGCCCCAGGGCCGGGAGCCCGAGGCUGAGUGUCCUGUCUGCUGGAACCCCUUCAACAACACAUUCCAUACCCCCAAAGUGCUGGACUGCUGCCACUCCUUCUGUGUGGAAUGCCUGGCCCACCUCAGCCUGGUGACUCCGGCCCGGCGCCGCUUGCUGUGCCCGCUCUGUCGYCAGCCCACCGUGCUGGCCUCGGGGCAGCCCGUCACUGACUUGCCCACAGACACUGCCAUGCUAAGCCUCCUCCGCCUGGAGCCCCACCACGUCAUCCUGGAGGGCCGGCARCUCUGUCUCAAGGACCAGCCUAAGAGCCGCUACUUCCUGCGCCAGCCUCGGGUCUACACACUGGACCUAGGCCUCGAGCCUGGGAACCAGACUGCACCUUCCCAGGACACUGCCCCGGCCACCAGGCCUAUGCCCAUCCCCAUCCCCAGCCACUAUUCUCUGAGGGAGUGUUUCCGUCACCCUCAGUUCCGCAUCUUUGCCUACUUGAUGGCUGUCAUCCUCAGUGUCACUCUGCUGCUCAUCUUUUCCAUCUUUUGGACCAAGCAGUUCCUUUGGGGCGUGGGCUGAGCACUCUGUUUCUGGACAAGGAACCAGGCCUUUCUCAGUGGCUGCUGGGGCUGGGGAUGCAGAGCCUCAUUUGGUGUUGUCUUCCUUUKUAGUAUUUUAUGAUCCAGAGAUCGGUUAGGCCCUGUUUGCUUCUG